UUAAAAGGUGUAGCAAUGAGGUUUCAUCACAUGCACCUGGCAGGCUAGAUGUUGACACACACUGGCAGGCUGCGUUGUGACACGGGAGAAGAAUUGAACGUUUUGAAUUUGACUAGGUUGUCAAUGAUGAGAAAAUUUUACAUUAUUUGUCAUUACAUUUUAUUGUCAGAAGAAUUUUAGCUUUCGUGUAAGACACAACACAUGCUAAAUUGGCGCCCAACGUGGGGCCGACCAUGCCCCGAACUAGGCUACGGAGGCAGACGACGGCAGACGACGAAGCUACGGAGCAGAGUCCUGUACGGGCCCCCGAACUUGUCACAGCGCCUCGUCUGACCGUGCCGGCAUAAUGCAGGCGGAUACGACUAGGUGCCCAAUAGAGACGCUGCGGUCGUUGCGCCGACGAAACGCGGUCGAAACGCCGGCGCCUCAUGGCAGUCACCAUCGUCACCGUCGCUGAACAUCACUACGAGUACCGCGGGGUUCACCGGACUUCUCAAGAAGAGUUCGUCCUGGAACUUCGCCAAGUGUACCGCGGGGUUCACCGGACUUCUCAAGAAGAGUUCGUCCUGGAACUUCGCCAAGUGUACCGCGGGGUUCACCGGACUUCUCAAGAAGAGUUCGUCCUGGAACUUCGCCAAGUGUACCGCGGGGUUCACCGGACUUCUCAAGAAGAGUUCGUCCUGGAACUUCGCCAAGUGUACCGCGAGGUUCACCAGUACUUCUCAAAAACCGGAGGUACUAGAAGCCUUCAUCGACGCGGUCCAGGUAUACAAGGAGUGUGCUGUGCGGACGUGAGUGACGAUCACGCGCUGCGGGGACUCCCGAUGCUGUUAGAGGGCGAUGCCACCGUGUGGUGGCGCGGCGCCCGCAGCCACCUGGAAGGACGCCGUGCUCCGACUUCGCUCCAUGUUGACUCCGAGACUAAGAUUCGGAAGUUGUUGGGCGGGUGCGGAGCCUCGAUGGACUUCAACUGUGUCCUCGUGCACUACCCGUACACAGACCCGUUUAGUGACAGCCAAGAAUUCGACUUCUCAUCACUGUCAGACGCCGAAGCCGGCAUACAAGAUAUCACGUGAAAUGUUCAGCUAGGAACAAAAAGACAAAUGUGCAGAAGUGUUUGUGUGUAGAUUUAGGUCUCUAAUUGUAAACGAAACCCUUCGUACUCAGAACUGACAGUAGCAGUUAGGCUUUAGGAGCGGCAUUACUCCAGGGGGAGGGGACCGACGAGCGACCUAUAGAGUACGCCAGUCGCCUCCUCACGUCGACUGAAAGAAACGUAAGAGGGGUAGACCACGCAAGAACUAACCUGAUCGCGGGGACGUUCGCUCAGGUUAGAGGGGGAGACUGUAGCAAUGAGGUUUCAUCACAUGCACCUGGCAGGCUAGAUGUUGACACACACUGGCAGGCUGCGUUGUGACACGGGAGAAGAAUUGAACGUUUUGAAUUUGACUAGGUUGUCAAUGAUGAGAAAAUUUUACAUUAUUUGUCAUUACAUUUUAUUGUCAGAAGAAUUUUAGCUUUCGUGUAAGACACAACACAUGCUAAAAAGGUUAUUUU